AUGGCAGGUAACUGCCGCACCCAUCCCUACAGGGUUCGCAAACCUGAUGGGUCAUACCGGUUAGUACAAGAUCUGCGAGCUGUGAACAAGACAAAGGAAGCUACGCAGGCUUUCAACCAACUAAAAAAAGCCCUCAUGUCAGCUCCAGCUCUGGGAUUGCCAGACAUGAGUAAGCCCUUCCUUUUGUUCUCCCAUGAGAAGCAAGGGAUUGCCUUGGGAAUAUUAGCACAGGACCUCGGCCCAUACCGGAGAGCAGUUGCUUAUUUCUCUAAGCAAUUAGACACAGCCGCUAAAGGGUGGCCUGGGUGCCUCAGGGCUGUAGCAGCAGUCAUAAUAAACAUCCAAAAAGCACGUAAAUUCACCCUGGGCCAGAAAAUGACUGUGCUAGUGUCUCACACGGUGUCUGCAGUACUGGAGGUGAAAGGCAGGCACUGGCUUUCCCCACAACGAUUCCUGAAAUACCAAGCUAUUAUGGUAGAGCAAGAUGAUGUAGAGAUAGUGGUGACUAACAUUGUCAAUCCAACCUCCUUCCUCAGUGGAAACCGAGGAGAACUGGUAGAACACGACUGCCUAGAGACCAUCGAGGCCACCUAUUCCAGCCGCCCUGACCUGAAGGACACCCCUCUUGAGAAUGCAGAAGCCUGGUUUUCUGAUGGAAGCAGUUACGUCGUCAGUGGAAAACGGCACGCCGGGUACGCAGUAACUACCUGCAAAGAGGUAAUAGAAUCUGGACCCCUGCCAACGAAUGCCUCUGCACAAAAGGCCGAGAUAGUCGCUCUAACUCGGGCCUUAGAAUUGGCAAAAGGGAAAGAGAUAAAUAUAUAUACGGACUCAAAGUAUGCAUUUGGAGUAGUGCAUGCUCAUGGAGCCAUCUGGAAAGAGAGAGGACUGUUGAACUCUCAAGGGAAAAACAUUAAACAUGCAUCUGAAAUACUGCAACUUCUGGAAGCAGUUCAGUUGCCAGAGAAAGUAGCGAUUAUGCACAUUAAAGCACAUCAGAGGAUAAACUCAGAAUUAGAAGAAGGAAAUGAGCUGGUGGAU